AUGACAUUUAUGUUUGAAUAUCCACAGUUUGUACGAAUAUCUUUAGAAGAGAAUAAAAAAUAUCCUCAAUAUGGUCUAUAUGCCUAUAGUGAAGGAAGAUUUACUGAAAAGGCUAGAAAGAUGUGGUUUGAUGGAAUACCUGUAUUAUUUCUUCCUGGCAAUUCUGGUAGCCACAUGCAAGCAAGAUCUUUAGCUUCAGUUGCACUGAGAAAGGCUUUAUCGGGAUCAUAUGAAUAUCAUUUUGACUAUUUUACAAUUGCACCUUUGAAAGCACCGGUCAUUAAUUUUGAUAUACUUAUAAAUGAAUACUAUAUGCGGAUGGAUAUGGAAUGGAUGGAAUAUAAGAGAUCAAAUUUAAGACAUGAUAAGAUUCUUAUCAGUAUUGGAAGUGGCCCUCGAGAUAUGCUGAUACCAGCUGGUUUAACAGCUUCUAACUAUAGCCAUAUUAAUACUCUGUCUACAGCUAUUCCAGGUGUAUGGGUUAGUCCGGAUCAUGUUAGUAUGGUGUGGUGCAAACAGUUGGUGCUCGUUAUCAAUAGAUUCCUCUUUGACAUUGUUGAUACAUGGACCGAACAGAUAUCAAGCAACUCGGCUUAUAUUAAUCAAAAAGCUAGACAAUAUUUUAAGGCGAAUCGUUCAAUAACUUUAGAUACGUCUAUAAUACGUCGUAAUGUCAGUAUGCAAGUCGACGGUUUUUGGUAUGAAGAUAGCAGGAGAAUUUAUCAGAUAUCACGACCGGGGAUCGAAAGAACAACACAUUUAAUGAUAAGAUUAGUAAGUUUCCCUCAAAAUAGAUUUGUUGCGAUCGAAUCUACUAACGUUUAUGAUAAAGACUGGAUAUUCGGAUGCACCGCUAAGGAUGUCCACAAUAAUUACAGAUAUUGUAAAGAGGCGACAUCACUAAGCGAAUUAAGUCGAUGGUCGGGUGCAGCAACCGACUUCGGAAGGAGGAAGUUAACGACCAUCCAUCUUCAUCAAAUAAUGGAAGAAGAACCGCAAUGGACGCACGUUAUUGUUAAAGUUACGCCAACUAGGAAACCGAUUGUACUAAACGUGGAUAUAAAUGAUUACGCUUCCAGACAAAUAGAAGUGUCAGCGCCAUCUGAUUAUUCAUUUGGGAAACGCGUUAUUAUAGCUGAAACUGUACCAAAUAGUCUCUAUUAUGAGCUGAUUGUAUCAGAAUUUAAUUCAAUACACCAAGCUUAUUUACUAUACGUGGAACCUACCGAUACAUGUAAGGGACAGUACCAUGUAUCAGCUGAAGUUCACGUGCCUUGGGCUCAGAAUAACGAAUAUUACCAUUAUUUCACCCCUACCAAACGAUCCCCGAUGAAACUGCGAUUAUUUGAAAGCAAUCCUAACAUAACAUUAGGACAAGAAGCCACAGAAAAAGUUAAAAUUACUUUAUUGUUAGACCCACAAUGCACCUUUAGUGUAAGUAUUUCAAUAUCCUGGUAUCACCGUUUGGCUCAACUGGCGCGUAACUACACUCCGAUUCUGGUUCCGUAUGUGGCAGCUAUAUUGCUGCUGGCAGCUAGAAAUAAUAUACUCAAUAUACAAAGUGGUGAAUGCCCUUCUAUACAUAGUGCCUUAAUGAGUGAGAGUGUUCGACCAUAUUUUGUGCUUGUCUUUGCCCGACUAGCUAUUACGUCAUUUAUGUCAAUUCCAUUUUUAUCAUUUCUUUUUGAGAAUGCCAGUUGGAGAAAUCUUGAAUUACAAUACUUUGUACGCUCGCUACUUGUGUUACCAACAUACAUGACAGCUCUUGGUAUUAUUAAUAUUAUUGCUCUGGCCCUGCUUGUUAUUAUGGUAUUUUCAUCUCAAUUGGCACAUCGAUUGUUAUUCAGGAUAGUAUGGCGUGGUGGAAUGGGUCUGGCUGAAAAAAUGGCUGUGGGUUUACAGAAAGUACCCAUGCUGGUUAGUGCUGCACUGAUAUGUGCUGUACCAUUGUCUUGUGGGGCUGCAUCAAUGGCUGCUGGUGCCACAUUCUAUAUGUUCAUUGGUAAGAAACCCAAAGAAGACUCAAAACAAUGUCCUAAAAAAGAAGACAAUUCUAAAGAUAGUACUGAUUCAGAGAAUCUCAAAGCCAUAGAGUUCAAGGAACAUUCCAAAAAGAAUGAAGAUCAACCUGAAAAACAAACUAAUGAUGCUAAAAAUAUAGACAAAUGUGAUGCUAGUGAGAACCAUAUUGAUGAAGACCUAAGUAGUAUAAAUUUUCAUGUCAUGAUGUUCUUUUUGUGGAUGACAGUAACUGUAGUCAAUAUCCCUGCUUUGUUGACAUGGGCACGAAACUUCAAAUAUACUAUGGUUUUAAAACCGGACACCUCAUACUACACUGGACUUAUCAUGGCAGCAUGUUCAUCAAUUAUUUGGCAGAUGGAUAGUCCAAGGAAAAACUUAAGAAACUAUGAAAUGGUGUCUUCGGCACUAUUUAUAAUGGCUGUAUUGAUAUGUGCUCUGGGACCAUUUUCUCUUUCAAUAGUUAAUUAUGGUGUAACAUUUAUGUUUGCAAUAAUAACUCUACAACAGUUAUAUGAUGUUGAUGAUUAUAUUGAUGAAAAUUUGCUUAUACAAGAGCCGUUACAAGAUAAAGCGAUUACUAACACAGACCAGGAAAAUGAGACGGACAAAAAAGAUACUCAAGAAAAAAAUUGUAGUAAAAAGGAAGAUUUAAAUAAAGAAACGGGUGAAAGUACAAAAACAGAUAAUUCCGAGGCUGAGUGUGAAGAUAAGACCAGUGAUUGCGAUAAAUGUGAUGAGAGUAGAAUUUACAGUGUUUUUAGAAAUCUCAGAGAAAAAUUUAGUUUUGGUGACAAUGAAUGA